AUGGCGUUCCAUGUGCCCACUGUGACCUGUGUGGCUGUAAAAAUCCUUAGAGAUAAGAAGUACAACGCGAUUUUUAACAAUGAGAUCACCAUUAUGAAAUCCUUGAACCAUCCAAAUAUCGUCAGGCUAUUUCACGUGGUGGAGACAGCAGAGACCACCUACCUGGUGAUGGAGCACGCCUCUGAGGGAGAGCUGCUGAGGCACAUCCUGGAACGGGGGCCUUUAGAGGAGAUUGAGGCCCAAAGGAUAUUCACACAGAUCGCACGUGCUGUGGAUUACUGUCAUGAUAACCGAGUUGUCCACAGAGACAUUAAAGCCACAAACAUCCUGUUGGACUGCAGAGGGAACUCCAAACUGAUAGAUUUUAGUCUCGCUGUCAAAGUGACUCCUGGGCAGAAACUGCGGGGUUUCUGCGGCACUGGGCCCUAUUGUGCCCCAGAACUCUUUGCACAGCACGAAUAUGAAGCUUAUCCCGUUGAUGUGUGGUGUUUGGGGGUUCUACUCUUCCUCAUGGUGUCUGGACGUUACCCUUUCCAGGCCAGUUCGUUUGCAGGCAUGAAGAACGAGGUCACCUCGGGCAACCUUCAAAUUCCUCACCAUGUGUCCAUCAAUUUUUCCAAUGUCAUCCUCGAUCUACUGAGAAUCAAUCCCGGCAGGAGGCCCACCAUCAAGGACAUCAUGAGGUGCCCCUUGAUCAGGACCGGUGAGGCACGUUCGCCACCUAUAGUGUCUACCCAUAGUGUCCCAGGCACCCCAAGCCCUAGCAUUGUCGGGACCAUGAGAGUCAUGGGCUAUAAGCCAGAAGAGAUCAUUGAGUCUCUCAGAGAUAACAAAUACAACGAGGUGAUGGCAACUUACCUUAUACUGCAACACCAGUCACCUGGGGGAGACUGUGGCCACAACCAGGUGAAUCCUGUGAAACCCAGGCAGCCGGGCACCGUCCUCCACCUGACAGAGCCUCACACUUUUCCCGGAAGCCUAAGGAGAGCUGAGCCUGUUCCCUACAGCUCCACCUUGCCAUCGAAGGCCCAGGAAAGAGAGGAGGAGCGUUAUUCCAGGCCCCUUCCCAGAUGCCAUAGCAUGCCUGCCACCCUGCGCUGCCAGCCAGACGCACAUCCUCUCCACCUAUCCCACCUGGGCUGUCCUGUUGCUAAGUCCCUCAAGGGCAGCAUCCUGGAAAUGACUGUUUACUUCUCACAGUUUGACUCACGUGACAGCCUCACUAAAAGUGACCAUCCAUCUCGGGCUCUCUACAACGACUUUUCUGCACCGGCCCGGAAUGAGACCACAAGUGACCCAAAGAGCACUAUGUCAUGCAGUCAUCAAGAGGAACACUGGAGUCUCCUGGAGGAAGAGGACAGUUCAAGCUCCUCCUCUGAGGAUUUAUCGGUGAUGACGACCAUCGAAGAGGAAAAGACCCUAACACCGGAAGAUAUCGAUGAAGAAGAAGCACUGACAAAGACCACCUCAUGUAAGAACAUGACUCCAAUGAAAAGGGACCGAGAAGUCACCCUCAGCACCAGUCCUGAAGAGGACAAGCCCCAGCUCCAUGGCUUGCGGGCCAAGGGUUGCGGAUCAGCCUGGAUGAGAUGUGGAAAGCCUCUCAGGCCAGAUGUCCAGGAGCCAGUGUGGUCACAGGAGCCUUCUGCACAGGGCCCACCCCAGUGCAGAUCUGUCCAGACUGUCCAACAACUGUCAGCGUGA